GGUGCUGUGUGACUUGAUCUCAAAUUUUUGAUCUCCUCCAUGAUGAUCCAGUUCAAUAUUCUGAGAGGACACAGUGACGCUGUGAGCUCCUGUCACUUUUGCUUUGGAGACACAAAAAUACUGUCAUGCUCUUAUGAUAAAACAGUGAAGCUCUGGGUAUGUUAUGAAUGCAAUAACAAAUUAAAAAAAGCUGAAAUCAAACAAGGAAUGUUACACAGGCACGAAGAUUUACUGAAUCAUCAAGGAGAUGUUGAGAAAGGUUUUCCUAUUCACGUUUUUGAAGAACAACACGCUGCCCCAAUUUCUGAGUGCAACUUGACUCCUGAUGACAGAAGAAUGGUAACAUCGUCAUAUGAUAACACUGUCAAGGCUUGGGAUACGGAAACAGGAAAAAUACUUUGGACAGCAGAACAUGAUGGCAUUGUAACUUCAUGUAAUAUUUCUUGUGAUGGUAGAUAUGUGGUAUCUAGUUCUGACAGAGAAAUUGCCAUACAUAUUUUUGAUUCAGUAAGUACAACAGUAGUGGCACACAUCCGAGGUCAUCACAAAAGUACAAUCACAAGAUGUUGUUUUGAUCCUGAUAACCAGAGAGUGACUUCAGUAUCAUAUGAUAAGGCCAUAAAGCUAUGGGAUAUGAUAACACGAUCCACCUCAAUUACAAUUAACGAGGGACACAGCAAUGCUAUCUCAGAUUGCUGCUUUACCUCUCAUGGUCAUUAUUUGUGUACAGCAUCCUGGGACAAAAGCUUAAAAAUAUGGGAUAUAAAGAAAGGAGAAUUUCAGUGUCAUGAACCUGUUUCCUUGGACGAAGGACAUGAGGGUUCUGUUAGUUCCUGUGUUUUUAGUCAAGAUGCAUCCCUUGUCGUGUCUGGUGGAUAUGACAAAGCUGUAGCUAUAUGGGAUACAGAUGCAGGCUAUAAAAAGCUAAGCUUAAAGGGUCAUUGGGACUGGGUGACAGAUGUUGCUAUCAGCAGAAACAAGAAAUGGAUUCUUUCAGCCUCAAAGGAUUCUACUUUGCGAUUGUGGAAUGUUGAGAAGAUGGAUGAUGUUCCUUCAGUGACAGAAAUCAGAAAAGAAAGAGACUCAAAAAUUGCUCAGUGUGAAGAAUGUGAAAGAUCUUUCUUGUGCCUGCAACGUAGUGACUCUGAAAUGAUAUCCAAGUGUGUCUUCUGUCGUCUGUCUUCUCCACUGAGAAAAAUUUUGCCAUUGCCACCUUCUGUUUCUCCUGAUCUUUAAAUUAAGCUAGGAGUCUUGAGAUGUUGAUGCAUUUAAGUGUAAGUGGAGUGUCUGUACAUCUUUAUGUAACACACGUAUAAAGCUAAGAUUUUCCUCUAAACUUGCUCUACUGUAGUAGUCUGUAUGAAGAAUAAUAAAAUAGAUUUCACGAAUCCACUAAACAGCUGGGAUGUACCAGGUAAAGUAUAAAAUCCCCAGGAGUAGAAACCUUAGUUAUAGUGCAUGGUACUAGAGAA